AACAAUGAUGGAUGCAAGCUGCCGUUAAACAUUAAAUAAGAAGAAGAAGAAGAAGCUUUGCGUCUCAGUUCAUUUCCUAGUUACUCGUUUGCCUGUUUUCUGUUUGCUUUUGUGUCUAAAAUAAUCUGUUGGACGGUGGCUUUCUGCUCGCUCAGCUAAUGCUCAAUCCUCGAAGGAAGAAGUAACAGCUUUGUCCAGCUCUGAUGAGAAGGUCUAUGGUGAUCCAGUAUGGAAGAUUUCAGAUGGAUGUACCUCCAACUGUGUAAGGAGGGAAGUGUGGAGCCUCAGGAGAGUGUUGUGGCUCUGCUCCAGGAGAGCAGGGCUGUUCACAGUUCCAGGUUGGACCUGAGUGGACAUAGCCUGUCCACAGAUACCUGCACUAUCCUGGCCAGGUCCUUCCAGAAGGAUGCUGUCUUUACAGAGGUCUCACUUAGUGACUGCAUGCUCACCGAGGAAGGUAUCAAAGUGCUUCUGGCUGGACUGUUUCACAACACAUCAGUGAAAUGUCUGGAUCUAAAGGGAAAUAACCUCAGAUCUACAGGAGCCGAGGUCCUGGGGAAGCUGUUGGGAUGUAACAAGACACUGCUCAGGCUGGUUUUGGAGUGGAAUGCUCUGGGCGUAUGGGAAGAAUCAUUUUCGCUUUUUUGUGAUGGCCUGGCGUCCAACAACACGUUGACUCACCUGGACCUGCGCAACAAUCAGAUCAACCACCAGGGAGCAUCUGAGCUCGCUCUGGCCCUGAGACACAACAGCACCUUGGAGGAGCUAGACCUAAGGUGGAACAACAUUGGUAUGCUGGGUGGGAGAUCCCUGCUGGAGGCCCUGCAGAAAAACAAGAGCAUAGUCCAGCUUGAGAUGGCAGGAAACAACAUACCCUGUGAUCUUCUCAAAGCCCUUGAGCACACCACAGGGCACAACGCAGAAAGAGAGUUCACCUUAAGAGAAAGUCACAACAAGACCUAUGUCCUCAGCAGAGAGAUCCAGACACUAAAGGAGGAAAAGGGCCGGCAGUUCUUAGGCCUGAUGGAGACCAUAGACAGGCAGAAGGAGGAGAUGGGACGCUCAAGCAGAUAUGACAUGUUUACCUCCUCUGAUGUUAGGUCAACAUCUGUUCAGAUUGCCCAGCUUCAGGAAGCUCUGAAUGAGAGGAAGUCAGCCAUCAACUCUCUUGCUGCCAAGUUGCAGAUGACAGAAGCAGCCCUGGCCCUCUCAGAGCAGAAAACCCAGAGUACAGGAGAACUACUGUCUCGUAUGGAGGCUGAGAGGGAAGAACAGAAGGAGCAACAGAGCAGACUGAGGAAGAAGCAGGAAGAGGAAAAGUCACUCCGAGAGGGAAAGCUCCACAGAGAGAUCCAAAACCUGAUGGAAAACAGCGGCCAACUCAGGAAUAAAGUGGAGGAGCUGGAAUGCAGGUGCAAGUCUCAGCAGCAGAAGAUCUUUGAGCUGAAGCAGGAACACACCAACAGCACAGCAGAGCUCAAGAUGCGACUAACGAAGGCAGAAGAUCGUCUGGAAUCAGAGAAGCAAAGGUCCAAGCGAGCCCUGGAGGACAUGGAAGGUCUCCGCCAUAAAGAGGUGGAGCACAUCAGUCAGCAUCUAGAAGAGACUGAGAAAGCAUUGCAGGAACGUAUCUUCAAACUAGAGGCACAGAGGAUACACCUGGAAGAGGAGCUGAGUAGAACUAAAGCAGCAUCUGUGACAGGGUGGGCCCAAGCAGAGGAAGAACUGGGAAAAGUUCGAGCUCAAAUGCGCUUGAAGGAGCAGGAACGUGUAUCAUCCUUGGAGGAGAAGCUCUGCUCUUUGCGAUCAUCCAUGCAGGCGAUGCAGCUCCAUUGCUCCCAGCAGAAACAGGCCAUUUCUGAGUUGCAGGCAAAGAACAGCCAUCAAAGCAUCGAAAUGGAUGGCUUACGGCGUUGGAUAGAGGAGCUUCAGCAGGACCUGUCUGGCAAAGACCAGGAGAAGGUAGCUGAGGUGAGCCGGGUCAGAGUGGAGCUGCAGGGGUAUAUUGGACAGUUAGAAGCAGAGAGGACAGCACAAGAGGGACUGAAAGCAAAAAUCAGCGCUCUGGAGAGAGAGAUGAAAGUUCUGACGAAUAAUCACAGAGAAGUUCUCCUUGAUAAAGAGAGUGAAAGGUCUUCUAUGCUGGAGAAGCUGCGGCUGAAAGAAGUGGAGAUAAUGAGGAUGAAGGAGGACGAGGCCCAGAGAGCCAGCUAUCUACAGAGCGCCAUCCUCACUUACGUUCAAGGCUCCCCUCUGGAACAAUACAGCGGCCGUAAGAAAUGACUUAGUGGGAUACCACCCAAAACCUGUGAACACAGUGUUGCUCCAUUCAGGACAGUGUCCACCUCCCAGUUAAUACCAAGAACAUAUCAAGAUCCAUAUUAAGACAAUCAAAAGAAAAUUAUCAGUACUAUGAAAAUGACACAUUAAAAGUCAGAAAUAGCUUUUAAAAUAGGAGUCUGUUCUUUAUGUUCCCCUGCUUUACAGAUUGUUUAUAAAGGGUCUGUAAAUAUCUAAAUGUCCAGCAUUUUCUGGUCUGAGGUGGUGCUGAUCCAGAUAUAAACACCAAGAAAACAUUUAUCUAAUUCAGGGAUAAAUCCAGGGUUCUGAACUGUCUGUAGGAACGAUUUUCAGUGUAAGAAAGCUGCUGACUUCCUUCCAACGUAACCCAGACGUGAGAACAGGUCUGGUUACAGCCUAUAAACAUCAACACCAAAGAAAGGACAAUGAUCAGCACUUAGAGCAUUUCCUUACCAUUUAACCAGAUACUCAUUAAAUGUAAUCAAAUUCUGUAUUUAGGUUUAUAUUUAAAUCCAAACACAUCCUAAAUAAACAAUAGUUUAAAGACAGAAGCAAUAAAAAUAACUUUUUAUUUAACAUUUGAUGGGUGAAAAGGAAUCUCACAUUUUGGGAAUAAUUGCUUUUAUCUUGGUUCCUAAUUUUCUCCAAAGAGGAUUGAAAAUAUCCUUGCAUUUUGAAAGAACACGAUUGUGACUUUCUCCUUUGGUUCAGUAAAAGGUAAUCUGCUGCACAUUAUUGAUAAAGUAGACACUUGCAUGUUUUUAGUAAAUUGGUAAACUGCUUCUGCUUUAAGUAUGUGACAGUGACAUUGAUAAAUAAUUGGCCAAAUUAGCAUAUAUUCUGCUGCUAAAUGAUUGUGAUUGGUCAUCUAGCUCCAUUGUUGGCACUCACAUGAAAAGUAAGCAAACUUGGGUGGAUAUUUCUAAAGGUGAUCUCCAAGGGGUGAAGCAAGAUGAUUCUCUGAAGAUCAGAUUUUUUAUAGUUAUUUUUUUACACAAACUUAUAUUCUGUUUACAUCUUCAUUUCACAAGGAAAUAUUUUGUAUCAUGUUUAUUUUUCCAAAUGUUUUUCAGUUCUGCUGUGAUUUUGUCAAUAAACAAUAAAUAAAUA